AAUAAAAAGGAAAUGUUGAUAAUAUUUGGCAGUAAAAGAGGUUAACCAGUAGCUCCCUCGUAAAUCCAGCAGCCACCAUUGUCGUUGAGAUAGAGAGCCCUAAUUCCUAAACCGUGCGAAUCUGGUAAACUACCAUUGACACUCACGUGCCAGAAACAGAAACAGAAACCAGAUAUAUAUACAUACAAUUACAGAAACUGUUCUCCCUCCUAUCGGGGAAGAAUAAAAAUAAAAAAAAAUAAAAAAAAUAAAAACCCUAAACGAGCCAAAAAAAGAAUAAAAUUACCUUUCUUCCAUUUUCUUGCUAUCUGAAAACCCUAUAUAUUCCUCUGGGGUUUUGUCUUCCCCAUCUCUUAUUUCUGCGGUGUUGUUCAAACGGUGGCUACAUUGUUUCCUCAGUUCUGAGAAGGCCUAUAAACAGUUUUUCUCAGAUUGGGCAGCUCAUGUCGGGAGGUCCUAUGGCGAUCGUCAAACCAGAGAUGAAGUCAUACAUCUGGCUCCAAACAGCUGAUGGUUCAAUCCAACAAGUGGAGCAAGAGGUUGCCAUGUAUUGCCCUGUGAUAUGCAGGGAAGUACUUCAAAACAGCACGGGAUCCUCGAAAAAUAAUGCAGUUGUACUUCCUGAACGAGUCAAUGCUGCUGUCUUAGGGUUAAUACUGGAUUUUUGUCGGUUCCAUCAAGUUACUGGCCGUUCUAAUAAGGAGCGCAAGAUUUUUGAUGAGAAGUACAUCCGGUUAGAUACCCAGAAGUUAUGUGAAUUGGCUUCUGCUGCUGACAGCCUUCAACUAAAGCCUGUGGUUGACCUUACAAGCCGUGCACUUGCCAGGGUGAUUGAAGGCAAAACUCCCGAAGAAAUACGUGAAACUUUCCAUUUGCCUGAUGAUCUAACAGAGGAGGAGAAGUUGGAGCCUUUAAGAAAUAUGACGGAUGAUCCACGUAUCCGCCUUCUAAAUCGACUCUAUGCAAAAAAAAGAAAAGAAUUGAAUGAGCGAAAGAAACUAAAGAAUGUUGAGGUGGAAGAACAACAACGUGUAGAUGAAAGAUCCGUUGAUGAUCUUUUGUCAUUCAUAAAUGGUGGAGAUGGAGACUCAAAGGGAGUGAGAGAAACAAAAAAUAAAAAGAAAACUCGAGGGAGAAAAGAACAAGCUAGAAACAAUUCUUCAAAUAAUGAAGCUGGAAACUGUAAUAAGGAAUCUAGUUGCCUUGCAUCUGGCUGCCUAAAUGGUGAUAUCAACGACGUGUCUUCUCCGAGUAGAAAUUCGAAGCUGCAAAACUCGGCAUCUGCAACGUUUCCAUCUAAACUCGACUUUGAUGACUUUGAUAUGGAUGAUGAGUUAGAUCCAGUAAUGAAGGAAAAAAUUGACAGGUUUGCUUAUCUUGUAUAGUGUUCUAGAGAUAGAUGUGUUGUUCUACUAUAUGACAUGAUUGCAUUUCUGAUGUUAAAUUGUUGAGUUUUAGUAUAUGUUUAUGUUUCUUUUUCUCAUAGAUCUUGGCAGGAUUCUUUAGGUGAAGGGAAGACUAGUUCUCUGGUGGUAAAGCACAGUUUUUAUUCAUGAAAAGCUGUUUUUUUUGGCUUCUCUCUCUCUCUCUCUCGCUGGGUUCCUUCUGCUUCUUCUGGACUGUUGUGUUGCUUAGUGAACUUACUGACAGUGGCUUCUGCGGAGGUUGCAUACCUAUCUAAGAAGCUCAGUGGAACUAUCUGUUUUUUUUUAUAAGUAACUAUCGAUAUCCCUUCUUUCUGGCAAGACUGAAGGAUUUGCAUACUUCAGGGCAUAUUGCAUGGCUUAAAGGUUAAUAACUUAGCCUUUAUGCGCAUAACUAAACCCCCA